UGUCCUAAGAAGCAGGAUAUUGCAUGUUGACUUUGAGUGUAAGAGCAUGGUCCACAUGACAAUGUGUGUGUGAGGAGAGAGAGAGAGAGAGAGAGAGAGAGAGAGAGAGAGAGAGAGAGAGAGAGAGAGAGAGAGAGAGAGAGAGAGAUAAUUGAACCUCCAAGUAUUUUCAGAUAAUUGCAUAUUUCGAAGUGAAAUCCUCCUCAGCCCCAUUGUCUUCCCCCCAUUCCCCUUCUUACUCCUUCAGCUCCUCUCUUUCCCUCUCAUCUCUCCAUUCACCUUCCUCUCUUUUCCACUUGUCAUUUUUCUUCCUCUCUUAAUAAUCACUUCCUCCCACUUUCCCUGAUCUGUCUCUCCCCCUCUUCCUCCUCCUCCAUCCCUCCUCUCCUUUUACGCACGGUGCGUAAAGCGCCUCACUCCGUGUCCAGAGCGCACAGACAGAGGAGCAGGAGAUUGUUACAAACUGUCUCUGAGUCCAAGGACGUUUCGUUAACGGGACACAUGCACGAAUCUACUGGCGGGUCGCGCUCAUCCAAAGUGACAGCGGCGUGCACGUGAGCGGGAUUGUUGUCAUCGUGCCGCCGGGAAACGUGAGGGAGAAGCGGCUGCUCGGAGAGAGGACGCUCCGCCGGGACACGGACCAGGAUGGGGAUUUAAACUCGCAACUGCCUCAACAGAAACGACGUAUUUAUCCUUAUUGUUAUUUUUCUCUCAUGCAUCCGGGAGCCGCGUGACCGUCCCCGUGGUGUGUGUGUCCGGUGUGCGCGGGAGACGGAGCAAGGGGAACCGGGGUCUGCGAGCGCCGCCGCCGGGAGCCGUGCUGACCGAGGACCGGGUCCUGAGAGCCGGACGCACAGGCUGUGUGAGAGAUUGUGUGCGUGUGUGUGUGCAUGUGUGUGCGUGUCUGUAAAAUGCCUCUGACGGACGAACGCGUAUGAUUGGAUAUGGAGGCCAUCAGCGUAGCCAACGACUCACUGGACGAGCUCCACUUCCUGCCCACGUCUGACGAUGACCUCGGCAACGUCGGUUACCGUGACUACGACCCAGAUGCCAGCGCCGUCCCGCCGGUGCUGCCGUCGCUGGUGUCCGAGGCAGUGAAUUUUCCAGAGGACCCCAUCAGGCUGCUGAGUGUGCAGGUGGUGUUGAUCCUGGCCUACAGCACCAUCAUCGUGCUGGGGGUUCUGGGUAACUCUCUGGUUAUCUACGUCAUCUACCGCUUCAAGACGCUCCGCACCGUCACUAACUUCUUCAUCGCUAACCUGGCUGUCGCCGACCUCCUGGUCAACACGCUGUGCCUCCCCUUCACCCUCGUCUACACGCUGCAGGAAGAGUGGAAGCUCGGCAGCACCCUCUGCUUCCUGGUGCCCUACGCCCAGGGGCUCGCCGUGCACGUCUCCACGGUGACGCUCAACGUCAUCGCCCUGGACCGACACAGGUGUAUCGUGUACCACCUGGAGACCAGGAUGCGUAAGGACGUGUGUUACGGCGUGAUAGCGUUGACGUGGGUGCUGAGCGCCGUGCUGGCCAGUCCGCUGGCCAUCUUCAGAGAGUACAGCCACUUCACUGUGGAGCCUGGACACAGCAUACCGGUGUGCACGGAGAAGUGGCCCGGUAAAAGCACCGACGGCACUGUCUACAGCAUCUCCAUGGUGAUCCUGCAGUACUUCCUGCCGCUGUCCAUCAUCUCCUUCGCCUACGCCCGCAUCUGGUCCAAACUGCGCGGCCACGUCAGCCCGGCGGAGGCCUGCAACAACAGCACGGCUAGCUCAGACCGCCACCGCCGACGCCGCAAGACCACCAAGAUGCUGGUGACCAUGGUGGUGGUGUUCGCCGUCAGCUGGCUGCCUUUCCACGCCUUCCAGCUGGCCACCGACUUCUACAGCACGGUGCUGGACAUGCGUGACUACCGCCUGCUCUACACCGUCUUCCACGUGAUCGCCAUGUGCUCCACCUUCGCCAACCCGCUGCUGUACGGCUGGAUGAACCGCAACUACCGCGCCGCCUUCCUCGCCGUCUUCAAGUGUCACAGGGGAGGGGAGCGAGGGAGGGGCGGCCGGCUGGACAGCAUUCACCCUGUCGGGGGAGCGGGGGGAGGAGGAGGAGGGAGGGCAAAGAAGAUAGUGCUGGAGACCCAGGAUGUCGUGUCGACCCACCUGAGCGCCACCGACGUGUGA